GAUAUUGCUGGCACAAGUACAUGCUUUUGGACUCAGCUGUAACUUUUCAGAUGUGGAACUCCAAGCCUUCAUUGGUUUUUAGAAGAAGUUGACUGCCUGGAAGGAAAUUAUAAAACAUGAAAAUUGCCUUGAGGUGACCAACAAAUCCAUCAGUCCAUUGCUCCUCUCACGCAAGGAUCUGAGGUUUAAGAACUACAACUUCAGAUGAGGGAAUUUGGGCCCAGAGGGAGGGAGUGACAGCUCCAGGCACAUCCCCUGGAGCUCACAGCCCUUGGCUGCCCACAGGGCACAUCCUCUUCAACUGAGUUUGGAGUUGGAGUCCCUUGCAAGAACUUCCAAUGGCGGACCAGAGAAUGGACAUUUCUUCAACGAUCAGUGACUUUAUGUCCCCGGGCUCUGCCGACCUGCUCUCCGGUUCUCUGGGCACCAGCAGUGUGGAUUGCAAUCGCAAGCGGAAAGGCAGUGCCACCGACUACCAAGAAAGCAUGGACACAGACAAAGAUGACCCUCAUGGCAGGUUAGAAUACACAGAACACCAAGGAAGGAUAAAAAAUGCAAGAGAAGCUCACAGUCAGAUUGAGAAGCGGCGUCGGGAUAAGAUGAACAGUUUUAUUGAUGAGUUGGCUUCUCUGGUACCAACGUGCAAUGCAAUGUCCAGGAAAUUAGAUAAACUGACUGUGUUGAGGAUGGCUGUUCAACACAUGAAAACAUUAAGAGGUGCCACCAAUCCAUAUACAGAAGCAAACUACAAACCAACUUUUCUGUCAGAUGAUGAACUGAAACACCUCAUUCUCAGGGCAGCAGAUGGAUUUUUGUUUGUCGUAGGAUGUGAUCGAGGGAAGAUACUCUUUGUCUCAGAGUCCGUCUUCAAGAUCCUCAACUAUAGCCAGAAUGAUCUGAUUGGCCAGAGUCUGUUUGACUACCUGCAUCCUAAAGAUAUCGCCAAAGUGAAGGAGCAGCUCUCUUCCUCCGACACCGCACCAAGGGAGAGGCUCAUAGAUGCAAAAACUGGACUUCCAGUUAAAACAGAUAUAACCCCUGGGCCAUCUCGAUUAUGCUCUGGAGCUCGCCGUUCUUUCUUCUGUAGGAUGAAGUGUAACAGGCCUUCAGUAAAGGUUGAAGACAAGGACUUCCCCUCCACCUGCUCAAAGAAAAAAGCGGAUCGAAAAAGCUUCUGCACCAUUCAUAGCACAGGCUAUUUGAAAAGCUGGCCACCCACAAAGAUGGGCCUUGAUGAAGACAAUGAGCCAGACAAUGAGGGAUGUAACCUCAGCUGUCUUGUAGCAAUUGGAAGACUACAUUCUCAUGUGGUUCCACAGCCGGUGAAUGGGGAAAUCAGGGUGAAGUCUAUGGAAUAUGUAUCUCGGCACGCAAUAGAUGGGAAGUUUGUUUUUGUAGACCAAAGGGCGACAGCUAUUUUGGCGUAUCUACCACAAGAACUUCUAGGCACAUCCUGUUAUGAAUAUUUUCAUCAAGAUGACAUAGGACAUCUUGCAGAAUGUCAUAGGCAAGUUUUACAGACAAGAGAAAAAAUUACCACUAAUUGCUACAAGUUUAAAAUCAAAGAUGGUUCUUUUAUCACACUACGGAGUCGAUGGUUCAGUUUCAUGAACCCUUGGACCAAGGAAGUAGAAUAUAUUGUCUCAACCAACACUGUUGUUUUAGCCAACGUCCUGGAAGGCAGGGACCCAACCUUCCCGCAGCUCACAGCGUCCCCCCACAGCAUGGACAGCAUGCUGCCCUCUGGAGAAGGUGGCCCGAAAAGAACCCAUCCCACUGUUCCAGGAAUUCCAGGGGGAACCAGAGCUGGAGCAGGAAAAAUAGGUCGAAUGAUUGCUGAGGAAAUCAUGGAAAUCCACAGGAUAAGGGGGUCAUCACCUUCUAGCUGUGGCUCCAGCCCACUGAACAUCACAAGCACGCCUCCCCCUGAUGCCUCCUCUCCAGGAGGCAAGAAGGGUCUAAAAAUCUUUCUCUCUUCCACAGGUGAGAACCCCCAUAUAGGCAUAGACAUGAUAGACAAUGACCAAGGAUCAAGUAGUCCCAGUAAUGACGAAGCAGCAAUGGCCGUUAUCAUGAGCCUCUUGGAAGCAGACGCUGGGCUGGGUGGUCCUGUUGACUUUAGUGACUUGCCAUGGCCGCUGUAAACACUACAUGUUGCUUUGGCAACAGCUACAGUAUCAAAGUGCAUUACUGGUGGAGUUUUACAGUCUGUGAAGCUUACUGGAUAGGGAGAGAACAGCUUUUAUGUACUGAUUUCAUAAAAGCCAUCUCAGAGCCAUUGAUACAAGUCAGUCUAUGUGUAACUUCAGACAAAGUGGAACUAAGCCUGCUCCAGUGUUUCCUCAUCAUUGAUUUUGGGCUAGCUGUCAAUAGCUUGCAUUACUUGUAUAUUUUGGAUUCUGUUUGUGUUGAAUUUUUUAAUCAUUGUGCACAGAAGCAUCAUUGGUAGCUUUUAUAUGCAAAAUGGUCAUUUCAGAUGUAUGGUGUUUUUACACUACAAAGAGGUCCUCCAUGUGGAUAUUUCUUAUACUAAUUGUAUCAUAAAGCCGUUUAUUCUUCCUUGUAAGAAUCCUUUACUAUAAAUAUGGGUUAAAGUAUAAUGUAUUAGACAGUUAAAUAUUUUUAAUAAAUGUUUCCCUUGUUCUAUAAAUAUUAUUCCCAUUUCAGUUUUUUAAAAAUAUCUAUAUGCUGCAGGGCUGGACCAUCAGUUCCAACAGUGGGUAUUUAUGGAUCAUCCAUGCUAGUUACAUUUGCAAUGCUUUUACAGUACUUGGGAUUGAAUUUAGGGCCUUAAGCACUCUAUAUCUGAGCCACAACUCAGCUCUGCGAUGCCUUCUUGAUCUUCAUAACAACUCUGGAGCUUACAUAAUUUCCUUAUCCUACCAUCUUAAUUUAAGUUCAAGGGCUUCAAGGGCUAAGUGACCUCAGAUACAAUGCACCUCAGUAUUUCUGUUUUUCUUGUAUUAGACUACAGAAUAUUUAAAAUAACAUGCUAAGCAGAGCAGAACAGUAUACUAGAAAAGGCAAUGAACUGGUAUAAGAGGUUGCCUCUGCAGCAAAAUUACUACACACUACGGUAAAGUGACUUCAUCUUCCUUAUAAAGUUGGAAUAGAAAAAUGUUUUCUUUUAACCUCUGAUAUUUAGAGUAUAUUUUAUAACUAGUAGGAAAUUUAAGUAGUGCCUCACCACAAAUAUACCAAAUAAGAGCUCUCUAGUUAUAUUUAUACCAACAAGAUAGUCUAUUAAUCAUGAAACUACAUCUAAUCAGGGGGAUUAUGAAGCUGGUCAGAAACAUGAAAACAAUGGAAUUUUAUUUUGAUGAAAAACUUGAGUUUACAAUCAUUUAGUAAAUGAAGAGCAAACACUUCAUUUUCCUAUCCCAUAACUCUUUAAGAAAAAGCAUUAGUAAAUAAAUAUCUGUGAACAGAUUAAGGGUAAGGCAGACUGGAUAAUAAACCACCUCUGAUGUUCACUCCCUGCACUUGACUCACUUGAACUG